AACACUUCCUAAGGAUCUUUUAAGUAAAGGCGUGGCGUUUCUUUUUGCUAUGCACAACACGUUCUUAGUCCGCUACUAACGCGACAACCAUCUAUUUCCAUCCAGAUGUUCAGCCAAUAAGAAGCGGCGCUGAUUCCAGCGAAGGAAAGAGGCGGAGGGAGGAAUGCUGCAGGAUGCACAUUAUAAUGCCUGUCAAACCUCAGUGACGACAGGAUAAAAAAAAAACCAAAACAAGCAUAUCUUUCCGUGCGAGAUUGACGUGGAGGAUUCACACCAUGCUCGCUGCAGCUGCCACGGUGUUGCUCGGAACGGUCGUCACCAUCUUGUCAAGAUCCCACGCAGACCGUAAUGUCUACCCAUCAGCUGGAGUGUUGUUUGUCCACGUGCUGGAGAGAGAGCACUUCAAAGGAGAGUUUCCUCCUUACCCCAAAUCAGGUGACGCCGGCAAUGAUCCGAUCACCUUCAACACCAACCUGAAGGGCUUCCCCGACAGACCCGGCUGGCUGCGCUACAUCCAGAGGACUCCUCACGGCGACGGCGUGCUCUAUGGUUCCCCCACUGCAGAGCACGUUGGCAAGCCUACUGUGAUAGAGAUUACCGCCUAUAACAGACGCACGUUUGAGACGGCACGGCACAACCUGGUCAUUAACAUCAUGGCAACGGAAGAGUUCCCGCUGCCUUACCAGGCGGAGUUUUACAUCAAAAACAUGAACGUGGAGGAGAUGCUGGCCAGCGAGGUGCUGGGAGACUUUCUUGGCGCCGUGAAGAACGUGUGGCAGCCCGAGCGACUCAACGCUAUCAACAUCACAUCGGCGCUGGACCGCGGCGGCCGGGUGCCCCUGCCUAUCAACAACCUCAAAGAAGGUGUGUAUGUGAUGGUCGGCGCUGACGUUCCCUUCUCGUCGUGCCUGCGGGAGGUGGAGAACCCACAUAACCAGCUGCGCUGCAGUCAGGAGAUGGAGCCUGUCAUCAGCUGUGACAAGAAAUUCAGAGCUCAGUUUCACAUCGACUGGUGUAAGAUCUCCCUGGUCGAUAUCAACAAAGUGGUUCCAGUGUACGUCUCCCGCCCAGAUCCGGGCACAGGAAUCCUGCCUGAGUUUGGAGAGUACAACCCCCCGUCGGAGUCUCUGAAGAGCCCAGACUACUUCUUCGACUUCCUGGUGACGCUGGCCAUUCCGUCCGCCGUGGCCCUCGUCCUCUUCUUCAUCCUCGGCUACACUAUGUGCUGCAGACGGGAGGGGGUCAUCCAGCUGGUUCACCACAGCGCCAUCCAGAAGUCCACCAAGGAGCUGCGGGGGAUGUCCAAGAACCGUGAGAUCUCCUGGCCUCUGUCCACCCUGCCCGUCUUCAACCCGGUCAGCGGGGAGGUGGUGCCCCCCAUUCACCCCGACAACUACGAGACCACCAGCAUGCCCCUCAUGCAGACACAGGCGAAUCUGCAGAAUCAGAUUACAAUACCACAGCAGAGGCCAUCAGGAGAUAAUUAUGUCAUGUCAACAUUUCGAAGACUGGAGGUAAAUGGUAUCCCUGAGGAAAGGAAGGUGGCUGAAGCCCUUAACCUUUGACCAGAAGCACCAGUGUAGGAACUGCCUUCCAUCCGUCUUUUUUUUUGUGUGUGUGUGUGUGUGUGUUUUCUAACAUUUGUGCCAAACUAGGUCUGCAUGAUAUUAACAAAUCAUGUAUCUGCCAAUACCGCAACAAUGAUGUCAGUGGCGAUUAAUGCGUCUCUUUUUCCACUCAUCAUGACGCUUCCAACUGUGUAACCUUUAGCAUCUUAGGCAUGACCCCUCUGUGUCAGGUGUCGACGUCUCCUUCAGCGACACUCCAUCCAACAGAUGAGUGGAUUACUGGCAUGCAAAAUGUUAAUUCGUGACACAUGGGCAUUGUGAUAACAUCGCACACAACAUAUGAACUAUUUUGCAUUCCCGGUUAUCAACCUGCAUGUCUCACAUGGAAGGUUUCAGUCACAUGUCAUUCCUGGUGGGUGAGGAUCUGCAACAGAGGAGAAGCAGAUCCACAAGAUGUGUAUAUGUUAAACAUAUGGACCUCAGAGAAAAGGGAGUUUGUACAGUGUCAAUUUUAUGUAAUGUAUAAGUUGGUAAUAAAUUCUUUAUAAAAUAUUUAAUGGUUUUGACCAAUGCACAUGUCCAAAGAAAUAACAACAAACAAACAAACCCCAAAACUUUGUUGUUGUUUUUUUUAAUCGAGGGAUUUAAAAAAAAAACAAAAAAACAAUGUACAACAGAAUAAAGGCAUUUAUAAAUAUGAAGACAAUUCCACACAUUGUCAGACACCAAAAACAAACACGUAAAUAUUUGACUAGGCCCUAAAAACGGGUGUAAUAUUUGUUGCUUUUACAUGAUCACAACGAUCAAUUAAGGCAUGAAACAACUGCCAAAUGUACCACUUUGCUGUUGAUCAAUAAAAGAGGUCAGUAAACUUUAUACAUGUAUCAAAGGAAAAUGAUAGCAGGCAAAUACCAUAUUAUCGAUAAUUAUACGCGACUGAUUGUUGGUAGAAAUUUUGAGGUCAACUUGGCUCUGUUUCACUUUGAGAGUGUGAACAUCCUCAAAAGCUGCAGAUUGUAACAAAAACAGAAAUGUGUCCUGUCGUUUUCCAGGGAAAAAACAAACAAACAUAAAUACAAAAUGAUUGACACGCCAUGUUUUACUACCCCAACGGUAGAGAUGCAAUUAAACACUUAAGUUUGACAUAACUGUUUUCUUUAAGCAAAGAAAAAUAAAAAAAUAAAUAAAUAUGCCAAACAAGAAUGUACUAAAAUCUGGGUAUCAUCUUAAAGAUGAAAGUGGAAAAUAAAAAAGCAGGUUCAAAAUAAAAGUGCUUCCUCUCAAAUGAGUAGAAACAGGCAAAGAACCAAUUACCUGGCAAUAGACAUAUUUAACAAUAUUUUCAUCUAUGCGGCAUUAAAGUACCCUCUUAGGUCUGUCAGUGCAUUACAAAGUGGUUAUAAUGCUGAAGUGGUCCUGAUUUCAAGUGCUUAAACAACACACUUGAGUAUGUGCUGUUUACAGAACCCUCUGGAGUUAAAAAAAAAAAAAAAGAGAGAGAGAGAAAUAUCAAAAAGCCUUCAACUAAUUAUUAGGUCGGUCUGAGGAAGGACGUUUGUUUCUUCUAUGGUAGAACAAUAUGUGCAAUAUUGUGCAUUUUCCACCACAGCUAGUAUGAGGCAUGUUUUAAAGAACAGAAGAUGAACAGCUGUACAAAAUAAAUCUGUUGUAUCGUACAAAUAUACAUAUAUUUACACAGCAUGUGGUGCUAAUAGGACACAACUAUGUGACUGAAAGGCUCAACCUUGUCUAGGAGAUAGUAGAUUGGGUACAAAAUUCUUAAUGCGAUACUUCACAAACAGCAGUUAUGGACGCAAAGUACAAAACAAAGCCAAAACUGUAUAAAAUAUAAGCUUAAUUUAAGUCAUUAAAUACUGUACAUGUCACAUGUCAUUUCUGAGCUACAGCAGGUGACAACGACUCUCUGCAAACGCAAUAAUCUCAAACAUUGCUUUAAAUGAAAAAAAUAAAAUAAAAAACAAAUGUCGCUAAAAGUUUAACAAUUGCACUGCAAAUUUUUUUUACUAUACACUCGGCAGGUUUGUGAUCAGUCCACAUUGAUCCACUUUGUUCCUUGUGUAAAUAUCUCACACCAGCAAUAUAGAAGGUCAAUGACAAGAUGUUAUGCAGAUCCGCUUAUUUGGGGGGGGG